CAAGGAUGGCGUUGUCGCGGGAUUCAUCCAGCUUCUCGAGUGCUUCGACUGCACCUCGAGCGUCUCGAGGGAACUCACAGCCAGAAACGGUGUAGACCACGCCAGUGAGCACCCAUCAACAUGCUGCUGGGCAACAACGAACAGGAGGAUCUUGCCGUCGACCGGCACAUAUACCUGAACGACCCGACCAGGAACUCGACGCAGAAGUAUCUGCAUAAUAGCAUCAGCACCUCGAAGUACAAUGUCGCCACUUUCGUGCCCAAGUUUCUGUUUGAGCAGUUUAGCAAGUAUGCCAACUUGUUUUUCUUGUUCACCGCUAUCAUUCAGCAAAUCGGCGAUUUGUCCCCUACAAACAAAUACGGCACCGUAAUUCCCCUCUCCAUCGUCCUCCUCGCCUCGGCCGCCAAAGAAAUCCUCGAAGACUUCCGCCGCCACGCCCAAGACGGCGCAACCAACACCCGCCACGCCAAAGUCCUCUCCGGCACCCAAUUCGUGCCCAAGCAAUGGCGCCACAUCGUCGUAGGCGACAUUAUCCGCGUCGAGAACGGGGAGUUCUUCCCCGCGGAUCUCAUAUUGCUCAGUUCAUCCGAGCCCGAUGCAUUGUGCUACAUCGAGACGAGCAAUUUGGACGGGGAGACGAAUUUGAAGAUUAGGCAGGGGAUCCCGGAGACGGCGGAGAUUUUGACGCCCGAGGAGGUUGCGAGGAUGGAUGGGGUUAUCAAGUCGGAGUUGCCUAACAACUCUUUGUAUACCUAUGAGGGGACGCUCAGGUUGGGGCAUAAGGAGAUGGCGUUGGAUCCGGCGCAACUGUUGCUUCGUGGAGCCAUGUUGCGGAACACACGGUGGAUUUAUGGGGUCGCUGUGUUUACUGGCCACGAGACAAAGUUGAUGAAGAAUGCAACAAAGACCCCGACGAAGAAGACAAAAGUGGAGCGGUUGGUCAAUACCGAGAUCACCUUCUUGUUUGUCAUUUUGGUGUCCUUGGCCGUCAUCAGUGCAAUGGGAGCUCUGCAUCGCCAGCUUAACAACCCAUUCGAAGAGCAUAUUGUGAGGUUCGACUCGUCGACUGCGUUCGCAAGAUUUCCCGGAAACAUCUUGACAUACAUCAUUCUGUUCAACAAUUUGAUUCCACUCAGCUUGAUUGUGACGAUGGAAUUGGCAAAAUACUUCCUCUGCGCCCUGAUUAACCAAGAUCUCGACCUCUACCACGAAGAGUCCGACACUCCGGCAAUGGCACGUACUUCCUCCCUCAUCGAAGAGCUCGGCCAAGUCGACUACAUCUUCUCCGACAAAACAGGCACCCUAACAUGCAACGUGAUGGAGUUCCGCAUGUGCACCAUCGCCGGCAUCGGGUACGCGGAGGUUGUCCCCGACGACAAGAAAGUGCGGGUGGACGAGACAGGCAAAGAAGUCGGCUUCCAUGAUUUCGUGAAACUGAAGCGGAACGAGCAGUCUCAUCAGUCUGCACAGGUCAUUCAAGAGUUUUGCAGGUUGUUGGCGGUUUGUCAUACGGUUAUCCCGGAGAUGAACGAGGAUACGGGAGUUGUGACCUUCCAGGCAUCGUCUCCGGAUGAGGGCGCCCUGGUGAAGGGUGCUGAGUUGCUUGGAUGGGCGUUCACAACUCGGAAGCCGCGGUCGGUGACGUACACGCAUAAUGGGCAGGCUUACGAGUACGAGGUGCUCAACAUCUGCGAGUUCAAUUCGACCCGAAAGCGGAUGAGUGCGGUCGUUCGCGGGCCUGAUGGGCACAUCAAGCUGUACGUCAAGGGUGCCGACACUGUCAUUCUCGAGCGACUGGGGCCGAACAACCCGUAUGUGGACGUUACUUGUGCGCAUCUCGAGGAUUAUGCGAACGAGGGGCUUCGUACGCUAUGUAUCGCCUAUCGGGAUGUCUCGGAGCACGAGUACAUGGAGUGGGCCAAGAUCUACAAUGCGGCCGCGACGACCAUCAACAACCGUAGUGAGGCUCUCGAUAAAGCCGCCGAGCUCAUUGAGAAGGAUUUGUUCUUGCUCGGUGCUACUGCGAUUGAGGACAAAUUGCAGGAUGGCGUUCCAGAAGCGAUCCACACGCUCGCACAAGCCAACAUCAAGCUGUGGGUGUUGACGGGAGAUCGUCAGGAGACGGCUAUCAAUAUCGGAUACUCAUGUAAAUUAAUCACGGAGGAGAUGAGCUUGAUUGUCUGUAACCAAGGCACGCAUUUCGAGACGAAGGAGUACUUGCUCUCGAAGCUAAAUGCGGUCAGAGGUGCUAUUGGGCAAAAUGAAGGUGCCUCCGGCAAUCCUGCGACUACCUUGGAGCAGGAUCUGAUCAAAGAGUACGGCUUUGGGGGCUAUGUCAAACGAGGAUAUGAGAUGUUUGGCUUCGAGAAGAAGGGGCCCAAGAUCAACAAGGAUGCUUUGCCGGAGACAGAGCCGUUAGCCCUUGUCAUCGACGGCAAGACCCUCGGGUACGCUCUCGAGGACGACAUCAAAAUGAUCUUCCUGCAGCUCGCCACCAUGUGUCGUGCCGUUAUCUGCUGUCGUGUAUCACCACUUCAGAAGGCGCUGGUUGUGAAACUAGUCAAAAAGAAUGUUGCGGAGUGCGUAACUCUCGCCAUCGGUGACGGCGCCAACGAUGUCUCCAUGAUUCAGGCGGCCCACGUCGGAGUUGGCAUCUCAGGGAUGGAGGGAUUGCAAGCGGCUCGCGCGGCUGACUUCGCUAUUGCUCAGUUCAGAUUCCUGAGAAAACUUCUGCUGGUGCAUGGACAGUGGGCAUAUGCGAGGAUGAGUAAACUGGUCCUUUACAGUUUCUACAAGAACAUCACGCUGUACCUCAUUCAGCUGUGGUUUGCGAGCGACAAUGGGUACUCUGGCCAGACCCUCUUCGAAACAUGGACGCAGGCCGCCUACAACAUCCUUUUCGCGGUCUUCCAACCCAUCGCGAUCGGAAUCUUCGAUCAAUACAUCUUCAGCCGAAACCUAGAGCGGUACCCACAACUCUAUCGCCUAGGCCAAACCGGCGAGUUCUACAAUCACAGCGCGUUCUGGGCAUGGAUCCUCAAUUCCUUCUUCCAUUCUCUUCUGCUGUACACCAUGAUGCACUCCGUGUACGGUGAAGGCGCUAUGCUGGGCAAUACCGGAUAUACGGCGAACAUCUGGAUCUUCGGAGAGACGCUUUACACGAUGGAUCUGAUUACCAUCACGCUCAAGGCCGCUUUGACGUGUUCGACUUGGAACCGAUUCACGCACAUUGCGAUCUGGGGCAGCAUUGGGAUGUGGUUCUUUUUGUUCCCCAUUUACGCUGUGGUUGCUCCUGCCAUCGGACUUGCCAAAAUGGAGUUGGGACAACACAUGAUCGACUACAUGAUGCAAGCACCGGCGUUCUGGUAUUCGAUUCUUUUGAUACCAUUAACGGUUAACUUUAGGGACUUUGUUUGGAAAUAUUUCAAACGCCAAGCCCUGCCUCGAUCCUACCACAUUGUGCAGGAGAUCCAGAAGUACAACAUUCCCGACUACCGCCCACGCAUGGAAUACUUCCGCAAAGCCGUCACAAAAGUGCGUCAGUUCCAACGUAUCAAGCGCAAUCGUGGCUUUGCCUUUUCGCAGAGCGACAGCGGACAGGCUGCUUUGAUUAGACUGUAUGACACUACCCGCAGAAAGCCACGUGGAUGAGAACACUUGUAUUACAAAGACGAUUGCUAUCGCAUAAACAUUACAUACCAACACACAUCGUGAAGUACUCUU